ACACUAAACCGGAAAUUGAUCCAUAGCGGAAUAGCGUUUGGUAUCAUAGUCCGAGUUAUGACGAUUUUGAGAGAUGUAGUUUCUGACAUGGACUACCUUGACCGUUCGAAAACGCUGUGUAUUGUUGUUCGCCACCUGCGAGCUGUUUUGCGACGUGCCAAAUGCUUCCGGAUGUUAGCCAAACUUGCUAGUUUUCUUAGCUACGAGUUGCGGGUCGCUAUUGUCGCUAGUUCUAUGACCUGAGUGACAGCCACACAUAGAACUACUCUUUUUUUAAAAAUUUAUUUUUAACUUUAUACUGCUUUAAACAGUCAUGUCUGAGUCAAUUGAUCCCGACGAAAAUACUCCAUUGCUCAGGGAUGAUGCAAGCAGCAGUGGGUCGCUGGAUAAAGACUAUCGCUGUCGAUGGAGAUCUAUCAGAGUCAUGUACUUCACUAUGUUCCUGAGCAGUGUGGGUUUCACCAUUGUCAUUACGUCCCUCUGGCCAUAUUUGAAGAAGGUUGACGACGCUGCAAAUGCUAGCUUCCUGGGAUGGGUUGUUGCAGCAUACAGUCUUGGUCAGAUGAUAGCCUCCCCUUUAUUUGGACUGUGGUCCAACCAUCGACCCUGCAGGGAGCCAUUGGUCUGCUCCAUAUUCAUUAACCUCUCAGCCAACAUCUAUUACGCCUAUGCAUACCUGCCUGGAAGCAACAACAGGAUCCACAUCUUAAUGGCCAGAGCCUUUGUUGGUUUUGGAGCAGGGAAUGUAGCCGUCGUAAGGUCAUACGUGUCUGGCGCAACGUCGCUAAAAGAGAGGACGAAUGCCAUGGCCAAUAUGAGUGCUUGUCAAGCGCUUGGGUUUAUUUUGGGACCAGCCCUGCAGGCAGGUCUCUCGUUCAUUGGUGAAAGUGGUUUCAUGGUUGAAUUAAUACACCUACAGAUCAACAUGUACACGGCUCCUGCUUUACUGGCCGCUUUAUUCGGCCUCAUCAACAUCCUGCUGGUUCUCCUGGUACUUAGAGAGCAUCGCGUGGGUGAUGAUGGAAGACACAUCCCUGCCAUUAACUACGCACCAGAAGACCAAAUCGAUGUUCGUGAUGAGCCAGAAGAAGCCAUUGAUCAAGUAGCAGUUCUCACAUCCAACGUCCUGUUUUUUGCAGUCAUGUUCAUCUUCGCUGUUUUUGAAACUAUUGCUACUCCGCUAUCCAUGGACAUGUUUGCCUGGACUAGGAAGGAUGCAGUGUUCUACAAUGGCAUCAUCAUCUGCUGCAUCGGGUUUGAAUCUAUCCUGGUGUUCCUGGUUGUCAAAGUGGCAUCUCAAAGGUUUGGAGAUCGUCCAGUGUUGCUUGCUGGCUUGGCCAUUAUUUUCUGUGGCUUCUUCAUCCUGCUUCCAUGGGGAAACCGUUAUCCUAAAAUCCAGUGGGCAGACGUGACAAACAACUCUCUGAUCAGUAAAACACAGGGAGCAAACCUGCCCUCCAACUCUUCAGUGGAGCCAACUGGCUGCCCGUUUGAGCAGAUCUGGUGUCAGUAUACCCCUGCUAUCCAUCUGGCACAGUAUAUCUCCUCCGAUAUCCUGAUUGGAGUGGGAUACCCAGCAUGCAACGUCAUGUCCUACACCCUCUACUCAAAAAUACUUGGACCCAAACCUCAGGGUGUGUACAUGGGAUGGCUGACGGCAUCAGGCAGCGGUGCAAGGACUUUAGGACCAGUAUAUGUUUCCCAAGUCUACACCCUCCUUGGACCACGCUGGGCCUUCAGCUUGAUCUGUGGGAUGAUGGUUGGGGCAGUCGUCCUUCUUGGCUGUGUUUACCGCAGACUUGUUGCUUUUUCUGUUCGUCAUGGCAGGACAGUAGAUUGAUGACAACGUAGAUGUCUGAACAAAAAGACAAAAUCUUUUAAAGCCUCAAGCAAUUAAGAAAGCCAGUUUAAUGUGGGGCCCUGAACUGAAAACCAGCACUUCUUAAAAUGCUCCUGUAAUCGUUUUAAAGGUGCUAAUGCUACUGACAUUGAGAUUGCUUGCAUUAAGAAUGUGAAAGGUCCCAUGUAAUUCAAAUUAAUCUCAUUUUAAAAAUCAGAUCUGUUGUAUGGGAGCUUUGCACGAUUGCUACUUCAGUAUAGUUCAGAUGAGUGUUUUUUCCUUCUGAUCUGUCGAAUAUUUGGUGGUCUGGUCAUCUCUUUUGACCAUGGAGUUCAUCAGUUGUAUGAACCCGGCACUCAUCGAUAUUUGGCUGUUGAUGAAAAAUUCAUCUGUGACUGCUGUGGUUCACAGAAGCUGAUGUAAUCCUCCAUUGAUGUCAGCUGGAAAUGCAUAACGUGUACCUUUUUGUGGAGUUACCUAACAGUUGCUGUGAUUUAAAAUUGAGCUAUACAUCUUUUUUUUAUAUUUAUAUGAAGAUGAACAUCAUUUUUGCUUUUUCUUAUUCAUUUAAAACAUUUUAUUUUUAUGGACAACCACUGAUGUGAAUGGCAGUCGUGUAGUUAUUGAACCAAGAAUCUCAUCUGCAACAUUACAAAUAUUCUUUGAGCUCUGCUAGACUGCAUCACUUUGUGAAACUUGAUUUCAGAUUACAGUCUUAUGCUUUUGGAAAUCAAUCUCAGGAAUAAGGUGAGUUUUACGCAUUUUUGCACAAUUAUAGGAAAUAGUUAUUGUUCCAAAUAGUAAUUGACAAACGACUGCAUUAAAGUUGAUUAUGAUCACUGACAGGAUUUUUGCUUGCUUUUUUUUACCCAAUUCACUGCCAUAGUCACUUGUUCUACCCUCUUGCUGGUGUCUACUACGUAUCCCGCUUUUCUGGUUGAUCAUGUGAAUUUUGCAAGCCUCCUUUACGACUCUCUCAGGAUGCAGAGGGUCAGCGAGUUCAGCCUCUCGUCCAUAGCUGCCUUCUCUCCAUGUGUCCUACAGACAACUCAUUUUCAGAAUAUCAUUCUUUCAGUCGCUCUUCAAAGCUUUGAAUGACAGUGUUGUUCGACAUCCCUCCUUCUUUAUCAUGGACUUGGAGGCGCUGAUCCUCACACCAGCUGCUUCACAUUCAACUGUAAGAUAGUUCUGUGUGAACUGAGGUUCUCUGUUGCAUCUCCUUUGAUUGGCUAAAGUACCUACUUCUGAGCAUCCGUAAAGUAAUAAUGUAAAGUGACAGAAGUUGUACUAUCUGGGUGAAAUGUACACCAUAUGUGGUCAUACACCACGUACAUUUCCGUUAGGGGCCUUGAUCUGACAUCCAUUGCUUUCAUUUUUUAGUAGUUUUCUGUUGUUAGAACAUAAUCAUUUUUCUGACAACUGCCCCAAUUAAAUAUAUUUUUUAUUUAAAAAAACUCAACUUCCUGUCCACUAAUACAUACCGGGAAAUAUACAGCAAGUUAUAUAAUUGUGGAACAUAAUCCUACAAAAUAUGUAAAAACGAUGUCUCAGAGCGCAUGCGCAGAGUAGAUACGAAACGCCGUGGUAUCCGUUUCGCAACGGAAGUAAAUGAGUGAACGAUUCGCGCUCGCGGCAGAGAUAGGUCUGUCGUCUUUACUGAUUUAUUUGUACCGUUUGUUUUACACACAUUACAGUAAUGUUCGCUGGCGGCGGUUACAUGCCAAGAAUGACAAUAGUAAGAGCUGCACAGGGUCUACGUAACGGCGGCAGGCAAUCUGUUGUGACAUUCUUUGAUUCCCGGCCGCGCAUUACCCAGCUAACCAGAGUUCUAGGAAUGAAUUAUAUCCCACCUGAAGAUGACAACUAUGAGUCUGAUGAAUGGUUUGAAAGUUGUGAGG